AUGUCCCUAGAGUCCUCUUCAACUCCUUAUAAUGCAAAAACUUCCAAGCCCCUCAAACCCCCCAGAUGGUCACCACCGAGAUCCCCUGUUGCCAAAUCCUCUUUAUUGAAUAACACAGCUGUGGCCACUCCUGUUGGUCUGGAGUUUAAGGAGCAUAUUAGCUGUGCUACAAACAACUUCUCUGAAGCUAACAAACUUGGAGAGGGAGUCUUUGGCCCUGAUUAUAAGGGCAUCUUGAGUGAAAAUCAAGAGGUAGCCACAAAAAGACUGUCAAAGAAGUCAGGGCAAGGAUAUCAAGGGUUCAUGAAUGAUGUUCAUGAAUGA